AGUGAGCACACGUUCGAAGCAUCGUUUGGCGAAAGUCGCAUAGUGGCGAGAAAGAACCCGCUUUAUCUAGGUAUUUUUCCGCAAUUAAAAAAGUGUAAUUUAACUCAUUUCGAAUUGCCAUUGAUAUGGUCACGCAUGUAAUAUGAAUGACGGCUAAAGUUAUUUACAUUGAGGUACUUAUCCUCGUUAUUUUAUCGUCAAUCCCAUGGCCGGGUCCACAUAUUUUCAAAAUUUCUUGCCCAAGAGAUAGUGCGUCGAUCGUCAGGAAAGUUGUUCAGAAGAAAUGGAUUCCGACUUUAGACAAAUAUCAGGUGAAAUUGCCACUAGAAUGUCCUUUCCAUCCUCAAAGAGAUAUUUUCUACCCUCAACAAGCUGCGAAGCGGCAAUUUCGCACAUCACAAUGGACAUGUGGUUUUUGCGGGAAGUCUUUCUUCGAAGAAAAAUACCUAGACUUGCAUUUCGAUAACAGACAUCGAAACCACAUUAACAUGGCUGAAGACGCAAUCUGCCUAGCAGACUAUUGUGACAUGUUUCGUUGUGAAGUGAUAGCAACACAGGAAGAUGUCAUGGACACCUCCACCAAAAUGAACACGGACUUGGAAAUCUGGCGAGAGGCGACAUCUUAUCACACAGCCCUGUCUUUAGUCGGACCACGAGAUCUAGCAAAACUCACUACUCUUCGCUCAAAUAUUUUCACAACUCGCCAAACCCAAUCAGCCCAUGCAUCUUCACACAAUCUCUGUCAUCGAUCAGAAGCACCAGUCACUUUCGGUAAACCAGAAAAUGCAACUGAUUCAUGUGGGAACAACUUAGUUGACUCCUCAAGACCUCAGAAGCAAACAGCGAGUGAGCUCCAAAAAUUGAAAGCUAACUGUAAACCCGAACAACUCCUUAAAUUACGCACAAGAUGUGAGAUGCUUGUUCGAGAUUGCAUAGCAGGACUGUUCGUGAGUCUAUCCGUUCAAGACUUCAAGGAUAUUGAAGAGGAGCUGAACCUUGGAGUGUGUUGGUACUUGACAUGCGACCGAUAUUGGGAAGACAGCCAAAGUUUGUCACGGAAGUUUCCAUGGGGUCUCAUCACUGUGUGCAUCAUGGUGCUCUCACUAGCUCUCUGUCUUUGCUAUUAUGUCAUUUGGGUCGUUUUUGAUUCUGAUGAUAUGAGUAUUGCGAGCACAAGUGUAACAGCUAGCUCCACACCCUCAAGUCACCCACACUAUACCGAGGAAUAUUACACUCUAUCUGAUGAUGGCCAGGGUGAUUAUAUCUACGUCACUUACCCUCCUGAUCUCAAACGUAAACUUCUCGAAAGUUGUUAUAAUAGAACCACUCGGCUGUGAUAUCAGAAGAAUCUCAUUUAUUUUUUUCUACAUUAAUGCACGGAUCCCUAAUUUUAAGUUCCAACUGUUACCAUUACAUACUUUAUCAUGUUUCAAGUAAUUUUAUGCAUGUUGUGUCCAUCUCAUUUGUUCCAAGAAAGUGCCAGGUGAAAGGUCAAUUUAAAAAGGCAGUCCUGAACAGCUAUGUUGACAGCAAAAACGGUCAUUUUUUAAAGCUUUUUAGAGACCGUCUAAAACUCAUUUGGAAAGGUUUAAAAUACUUAGAAUUUAAUUCUUUGCAUUGAGAUAAUCUACAAAAAUAGCUGCUGUAAUGCCUCUAGGUCUAAAUUGAAGUUUUGUACAGCUACACACGUUUUCCAAGUAUUUUGAGGAGAAAUUCUCAAAGAUUUGAUCCAAACUACUGUCAGUGAGAAAAAAAAGGACCUGACACACAUGAAUCCAAAGUAUCUUCUUUUUGCAUGGUAGUUUUCAAAAAUUAAUACAUACAGUUAUUCGGCUUAAUUCCUUUUUCUAAAAUACACUUUUCCUAUGAUUUAGGAUAAGUUCUCAAAAGUUGACUAAUCCCCUAAUACAAUGAAAAUAAGCACAACCUGUCAUAUAUAUUUGCUAGUAAUAAAAUGAGAACUUUUGACGAUGUGCAAUGUGCCAAUGAAUGAGAAUUAAAAAACUGUGAAAAUCUCAAAUUAGGUUCCAAGACAAUAGGUCUGUUGAAAACUUCAGCUAGAACAAAUAGAAGAUUUUGAUCUAACAGAAAAUGGUUCGAAAAUCGCAAUGAGCACAUGGGCAGAAUCUGAAAUUAGUUCCUUACCUUAUAAUCUGAGUACGAAAUCCGUCCACUUUCGAGCGUUUGGCUUCAAAGAGGAUACUACCGCGAGGGCUUCUUCUACUUCUGACGCAAAUUGUAAGGUAAGGAGUUUAUUACAAUUUUAGCAAAUGUCCUCAUCAUAAUUUUUAAUUGUUGAGCCAUUUUCUGUGGGAGACAACUCUUGUUCUACCUUUAGCUGCAGUUUAUGAUAGAACCACAAGACACCGGCAAGAAAAAAAGGUUCUAGAAACAGAUAGAAGAUUCAUUAGAUUGGCUUUCACAACUUUCUGUUCGAUCUUAAUUGAGUCUUUUUUAGACCAGUCGAGUCUCUCUGCAGGCAACCUUUUGAUGACAAUCCUUUUUUCCUCAGAUAUAUUUAGAUAGUAGUAUUUUUAAUUGUAAGGGCACAUGCAUAGAUAUAGAAUUGUUAGCAUUUUUAAUUUGAGUUCCUACAGUGAUUGCCUAUGUAGCGAUCCUAUUCAAAGCAGUCGUUAAGAAGCGAGUCUCAAUUUAUUUAAUGUAACGUACAUACAGCCACAAAGAAUUACUUUUAUGAGAGCAUAUUUCAUCUUGGUGGGAACAGUACUUUUUUUUGCUAAAAAAAUGUUACCAUAUAAGUCCAAUCAUUUUCAUAGCAAUAUUAUAGCUCAGUUCAUUUAAGUAGGCGUUGAUUUACGUCUUGCAUAUGGAUUAGUCUCCAGAGCACCCCGUUUCCAUCAUUUUCGAGACUUCAUAGCUUGAUUUUUUUUUUUGAAGAAUUCGUAAGAAAGUGAACAUACAAAGCUGACGUUUCAAUUUGCAGCAAAUGAUCAAAAUUCAGCCUGAUCGGCAGAAAAAUUAUUGUUCCACUUUAAUGUUAAAUUUUUUGGUCUGGUAAGUUCUAACUAACCGAAUGAAAAUUUCACAUGUGAGGAAUUAUUAUUCGACUAGAAAUCGAAGGUUCAAAAAAUAAAAACCUAUGGGAGUAAUCCUCAUGUAAUGAACACUAGGCAAGAGGUUCUAGCUAUCUGGACAUGCAUAUUACUUUUGUCGUAUCAAAACAGACCCAAAGAUACGGUAUCCUAUCAUUUGAAAUUACUUAAAGAAUGAUGGAAACUCAACUACUUAAGCAAAGUUAGAACAAAUUACAGUCUAUGUAGAGAGCGGAAAAAAAAAAAAUUAAAUUUCGUUAACAUCAAUGAUAAAAUUGACCAAAAAAAACAUAUUACGUAGUUCUGCUCCGCUCUUACCGUUUUAUUUUACUUUUUUUUCCUCUGAAGCACAUUUAUUUUCAACAUAAUUUAUACUCAAAAAUAAUCUACCAAGCUUGAAAAGUUUUUACUUCCUCUUGCAUAAUUUUUUUACCAAGGCAACGAACAUGUUUAUUUUCAUUGCCAAAGUCCAUAGAAAAUGUAUCUGCUUAACUUUUUUAUGCCCCCUCCCCCAUAGAUUUACUGUAUCCAGUUACUAGAAGUAGUAUUACACAUGUCUGUAGAAAAAUGCUUGUAGGGAAUGCCUGUGUAUAGCGCUUCUGAUAGUCAAAACUUUUGACGAAUGAAAGGAAAGCUAAAAUAUGAUAACUCAAUUCCAUAUUACAUUCUAUCUAUUUGUAUUAUUUGUAACUUUAUUCAUAUUACUUGAAUGGUAGCUUUUUAUUUUCUUACUUGGAUCGACAACUCAAUUUCCUCUCUCCGGGCAUCUCAAUCAUUUUUCUACAGAAGUAGACAUUUCCAGCCGUUUUAUAUACAGCACAAAUUUUGAAAGUAGAUUUUUUACCACUCUUCACUCAUUAACGUACAAAAAAUUUCCGUCAAAAUAUUCUGAAAGUAAACUCUGAAGAUAGAAAAAGGGUUUUUGUUUUUUUUUUCAAAAUUAAUUUUCAUAGAUAAGUUAGGGGAUUAAUUAGGGGGUAGUUAAGUCGAGGAGGUGAGAGACCUGGUUCUUGAAACCAAAAAUGGCAUUUGACUUUUUCAACCGUCUCCAUCCCUCUUUCCUAACUUUCCAGUCAAACGGGAAGAGAUCGCUCCCUCGGUUCAUCAUACAUAUAUAAGCCUCAAAAUGCAAAUGAAUUCAUGCUUGGCUAGGUUUGUAUACAUUAACUUAGAAAGGGGUAACUUAAUCCCCCUAGAAAGUUUGUGACCAUACGCUGAGGCUCAAUACCACCACACUCUUGAAAACAGUAAAGGAAGUGGAGUAAGUUACUGGGAAUAUGUACAGAUUAUUUUUGUUGUGUGACGUUUAAAUGUCGGUAGGAUUCAGAUAAUUAGGACUAUAAUUUUCCUGAUGGGUCCUAUUUGAGUUAUAGACGAAAUGAAACAAUGUGAUUGGACAUAAACAUUAAUGCUGCUAACAAUGAACCCUUGAUUGAUUUACCUGAGUAUCUCUUUCAGUGAAUUUGUGUAAAACUAGGUGAAUUUGUAUGAACACUUUCAGAAUAUUCAGACGUCCUAAAAAGAAACCGAUCCUUUUGGUGCAUUGACCCAUUCACAUUGUCCUCCUUUUACUUCGCACAUGGGAAUACUCACGACAGGAAAAUAAAAUUAAAUCAAACGAGAAAGAACUGAUUUGGCAUAGAGCAGAGAGGAAAAAUAGAGUAAUGUCAGGAUAUGGUUUGGCAGAAAAUGGAAUGAAUUUUCAGUUCUGACGGCAGAAAAAUAUGGCUUCUGUAGUUAAAAGUAAAAAACGCAGUUUAGUGUGAGGCUCAAUUGAGUGCUUGGCACAAUUAAUUUCUUGCAGUUGAGAAAAUCAAUUUCUUUUUUGCAGCCUGGAAUCAAGCCAGCAACUUUGAAAUUAUGAAAAAGUUAGAGUUAAGUCAAUUGUGUUCUAAGUAGGUAAGUCAAUUUCAAGCACAAAAAUGUAAAAUUGCGCACAAUGUAAUGCAAAGCAACUAAAUACUGAUGUUUUUCGAGUUCCUAGGAACUCAAAUAUUUCUGGACUAUGAAUUGAUUGUUUUUUAUCGAUGUAUUUGAGUGAUUUUGUCAUCCUGUCAUCACUUGAAAAUAAAAGUCAAUUGCUCUACUGGGAAA